AUGGAGAAUUUCGAAUAUAAUUCCAGUCCUGCUCGUAUCGUCUUCGGAAGCGGCACUAUCAAAAAGGUUCCAGAAGAGCUUCGACGGGCAAAUGUAUCUAAGCCUUUUCUUCUCAGCACGCCUCAGCAGGUGAGCCAUAUCGACUUACUUAAGGGUGUUCUUGGAGAUAUCGUCUCUGGGGUAUUUACCGAAGCAACAAUGCAUACACCAGUCGAAGUAACUGAGAAGGCGCUUGAGCAAGUUAAAUCCUCAGGGGCCGACUCCAUUAUUUCCAUCGGAGGUGGCAGCACAGUGGGUUUAGGGAAAGCACUCAGUAUCCGGACAGGUAUCUUUCACUUGACUAUCCCGACAACCUACGCUGGUAGUGAGGUUACGCCAAUUUUGGGUGAGACGGAUGCUGGAAGGAAGACGACAAGAUCCGAUCCGAAGAUAUUGCCCAGCACAGUUGUUUAUGAUGUUGAUCUCACCAUGACCCUCCCAGUUGGUCUUACCGCUACAAGUGGCGUUAACGCGAUCGCGCAUGCUGUCGAAGCGUUAUAUGCUCGCAAUACUAACCCGGUUAUUAAUCUCUUUGCUCAAGAAGGGGUAAAUGCUCUUGCAAGCUCUCUCCCUGCCCUGGUCUCCAAUCCGUCAUCGCAAGAGGCACGCUCAUCUGCUUUAUAUGGCGCAUGGCUCUGCGGUACUUGUCUCGGCAGUGUUGGAAUGUCCAUCCAUCACAAGCUCUGCCACACUUUAGGAGGUAGUUUUAACCUCCCGCACUCUGAUACGCAUACCAUAGUCCUACCGCACGCAUUAUCAUAUAAUGCCCCGAAGGUCCCUAGGGCAAUGGAAGCGUUAGCCGCCGCACUACCGGAGAGUGAAGGUGACGCCACGAGAGGACUUAAUAUUCUCUUAAAGAAGUUGAAAGUAGAAACGGGACUGAAGGCUUUAGGGAUGCAAGAGAGCGAUAUAGACAAGGCGGCAGACAUAGCGGUGAGCAACCCUUAUUGGAACCCGCGACCUAUCGAAAGGGGGCCGAUAAGAGAGCUGAUCCGACGAGCUUGGGCUGGAGAAGAGGCAAGAGCCGAUUUGUAA